AAGUGUGCGACAAAAGGCGAAGCGGUGUGAUUGUGUUUGGUGCAUUAUGUAAAUUGUAUUAAAUAUUAAAUUUAAAAUAAUUUAAAGUGGAUUAUAAUGGUCGCUGAGUUGCAGUUAAAGGCGCAUAUACACGAAGGCGAUAUGCCAGUGAGAGACGACACGAAACGGCCACUCAUAGGGGUCAUAGACGAUGGAACGAAAACUGUCAGAUUUGUCAUAUACGAAGCUGAAAGAGCAGAUGAGCUGACAUCCUACCAGCUAGACAAGACAGAGGUGCAGCCACAAGAAGGCUGGUCGGAACAGGACCCCAUAGAAAUCUUACACCAUAUAAAAGAGUGCGCGGAGAAGACCAUAGAACAGUUGACUGAGUUAGGUUAUACCAAGGACGAUAUAGUUACAUUGGGCAUCACAAAUCAGAGGGAGACAACGAUAGCAUGGGACAAAUUCACAGGAGAACCUCUACAUCCAGCUAUAGCAUGGAACGACAUCCGUACAGACUCCACCGUAGACGCGAUCCUGGCUAAGGUCCCAGAUAGAAAUAAGAACUACCUGAAGAACAUAUGCGGCUUGCCUAUCAGUCCUUAUUUUAGUGCUCUGAAGAUGCGCUGGAUGAAGGACAAUAUUAAAGCGGUUAAGAAAGCUAGCAAAGACAAGAGGCUGUUAUUCGGCACUGUCGACUCUUGGAUUGUUUGGAACCUCACUGGAGGUCCCCACGGCGGUCUCCAUAUAACAGACGUGACAAAUGCUUCCAGAACACUCCUCAUGAACCUGGACACCUUGAAUUGGGACCCUAUGCUGUGUAGGUUAUUCGGAGUACACCGAGAUUGCUUACCGCAAAUUCUCAGCAGUUCAGAAGUCUAUGGCGUCGUCAAAGACGGCUCUGUGUUGGAUGGAAUUAGAAUAUCAGGAAUUUUAGGCAAUCAGCAAUCAGCGUUAGUAGGCCAGAACUGUCUCCAAGCAGGUCAGGCGAAGAAUACAUACCGAAGUGGCUGCUUCUUACUAUACAAUACUGGGCCGCGGCGAGUGCACUCCUCCCACGGAUUGGUUACCACGCUAGCGUACCAACUAGGGCCGAAUGUGCCGCCUGUGUACGCGUUAGAAGGCUCAAUAGCAGUAGCGGGUGGCGCCAUGAAAUUCCUGCGGGACAAUCUCAGACUAAUCAGGGACGUGUCACACGACACGGAACACAUAGCGGGACAAGUGUUCUCUACGGGAGACGUGUAUUUUGUUCCGGCUUUCAGUGGAUUGUACGCGCCGUAUUGGAGGAAGGACGCUAGAGGAAUAAUCUGUGGACUGACAGCGUUUACUACCAAAAAUCACAUAAUAAGGGCGGGAUUGGAAGCUGUGUGUUUUCAAACUAGGGAUAUAUUAGAAGCAAUGCACAAAGACUGUGGCCUGCCUCUCACAAAGCUUCACGUCGACGGCAAAAUGACGUCCAACGACCUGUUAAUGCAACUACAAGCAGACCUGAUUGGGAUGCCAGUGUUGCGAGCCCACACGUGGGACAUGUCGCCUCUGGGCGUGGGCAUCGUUGCCGGCAGUGCAGCGGGCGUGUGGAGUAUGGACAAGUGGCGCCGCCAGGCGUUGCCCACCGAGACCUUCUUGCCCACUACUACGCUUGACGAUCGAGACUCGCGGUACACGAAAUGGAAGAUGGCGGUGCAACGCUCGCUCGGCUGGACGACGACUAGAAAGUCAAUCGCGAUGACAGAGGAACGCUAUAAACUGCUGGCUUCUAUUCCCGCCACUUUAUACCUUAUAGGCAGUUUCACGAUGCUAGUCGUUUCAAAUAUGCUCAACAAUACGUGAAAAUGUGAAUGCGACUUUAUUUUUUAAGCUUCAAGUGUCAAUUUUGGAUAUUUAUUUCCGAGUAGGUUACCUUUUAUUGAAAUUAGAAUAAUUGUCAAAUACAAAUCGAAAGGGACUCCUGUAGAGUAUCUUUUUAAGUUUAACUGUUGUUAGAUGGGUGUUAAGGUACAUUCAGACUAUACCGUGCCCUGUCGAACUGAGCCAUAUUAAUAGGAAAAAUUAAUGAUGUAGAUAGAAUAAAUAUUUUUAUAGAAAUAAGCUGAAUUGUAUUAUAUGUCGUCUAAUCUGUAUGCCGCAGCUGUUGCACGGUGUAGUGUGAAUAUACCUUUAUGUAGGUAAUAAAGUCAGUACCAAUUCCAAAUUUUGUUGGUUAGUGAUGUAGUUAAUUGCUUAUUUUGUUAUUUUGUGAUAUUUUACGCAAUUUGUUCAAUCAAAAAGUGCAUUUUACAGCAUUUUUUAAAAAUAUUUUGUUUUACAGUCACAUUUUAUGAUUCAUGUUGCAUUUUUAUUAUGUGGUGAUGAAAAUCAGAGUGUUUGGUCCUUCGAAUGAGCUUAUAUGCCCUUGAAUGUAAUUUUCUGUCAUGGCCCUACGAAUAUCGAAAAAUGUCCACGUUUAAACUGUUUCGGGUUUUAAAUCGAGUUUUAACGGGGUUUGUACAGUCUGCGUCAAAAAGUUCGCAACACGUCUUUGUUACAUUUUGUCAACUUUUUGGCCACUUUGGGUGUCACGAACUAUUUGACCCUGACUGUAUUAGGCGGUUAUCACACUGCGCCGCGUGUUUUUUUUAAAAAACCACGCGCGCGGACGCGUUUUCAGUGUGAAGUGCCGCGCGUGUUUUCUAUACAAACUGAGGUACUUGCAUACAAUGAUUAAAUCUGUCGCCCCGCGCUCCGCGGCGGAGCGCGGCGCAGUGUGAUAACCGCCUUACGGACUUUUGAAGAUUGUUAGUACUUUGCCACCGUUUCUCGACCUUCGACUGAUAUUUUUUUGUUAUUUUAUAUUAAGCAUCAACGAAUAAUUUCCUUACAUAUCGAUUAAUUUAUACCGAUUUUAUGAUGUCUCGAUUGUGGCCACUCGAUGUUUUAGUUAAUUGUUCUCGAUUUAUGAAUAUUUAAUUAUUAAUUUUGUAUUUGUAAUUUUAAUCCAGUGACUAGUUCCUGUUCUGCCAUUUAUAGAAUGUUACCAAUAUGUAUAUUAUUACUUCUUGUAUUGUAUACAGUUGCCAGUAUGCCAACCUGUCACAAAGUUACGUUUGCCAAUAGUUUUAAACAUGAUUAUUUUGUCAUUUUUGUGGUAGUUUGGUAUUCUGUUGACUGUACAGUUUUUUUAUAAUUUAGUAACAUUGAUGCAUACUGCAUCACAUUUGCUAUUUAUAUUAAUUAAAAAUGUUUUUUAGUUAAAAAUGACCUCUGCCAAUGCCAAUCAUUCCCAAUGUAGUAGGACGGAUGACAUCUAUGUACAGUCAGCUUCAAAUAGUUCGUGGCACCCAUACUAGCCAAAAAGUUCGCAACACGUGUUUGUUAAAUUUGGAAUAAGCUUGUGUUGUUAACUUUGUGGCCACGAACUAUUUGAUGCUGACUGUACUAGUAUACUUUCAUGAUUUUUUUGAAAGUUAAAACAAAAAUAGAGUAAGAGCGCUUUCGGAGUAUUUCCGAUCGGAAUCCGUGAAAAUACGGUUUGGAGUCUGUAUAGAUCGUUUCAGCCACGAGGACGCGCCCCACCAAUUUUUGGUCGAGGGAAGCGCGGGAUGGGGGGAGUUUGAUCCGAGCAAUCCGAGCGGCAUUAUUGUAGUGUGCGUGUGCACUCGUGGAUAAUGUAGCGUGUAUCGAUAACACUCAAACAUUAGCGAAAGAAUGGUGGGGCGCGUCUUCGUGGAUGAAACGAUCUAUAGUCGUAGAACUAUUUUUGUUUGUUUAUGCACUAGAUCCGACAUCCGUCAUCCGAUUUCUCUAGUGUUUUCUAGAUCUAUAUUUUGACGGAAUCAGGUCGGACGGAAUGAGGGCUAUCGUUUUAGCUUUCACCAUUUGGCGCCAUUGUAGAGUGACCUUAUCACUUACUAGUAGCGAAGACAGUGGUGCCAACUGGUGGCGCUUAAGUGGUAGGAGAAACAUUGUAUUUGUAUUUUGUACUCACCAGGAUGGUGCCACUGUAGAGUUGGGUCAUUUCGAUCGCCAGUGGUGCCAACUGUUUAGUAUAAAAACGAUAGCCCCCACGGAAAUGUUUUUCUGUAAAAUUUAAAUUAAUACUCUCAUGGUGUCAUCAGUCCUAUUAUGUGCAUUUCGUAAUUAAAUUUUGUAAUUUGUUAAUUUAUUGACAUUGUUUUUAUACAUUUUUGUACUUAAUGUAGCAAUGCCUGUGCCAGUCCGUUGUAAUUUAUUAAUUAAUAAUUAUUAUUAUGUGUAUGUUUUAGAUGGGUUUUAGAUUUUUCGCAAAUGAUUAACAAUUUUUUACAAUAUCUACUAGUGGUUUCUGCAUUUUACAUUAAAUAAUAUUGUCAUUGUUAAUUCAAUUAAUAUAAUAAAUAGAUUCAAAUAUUUACUAAAGUGCUCGAUUACUAUGCUAAUGAUAUAAACAGUACAUACUUCAAAAUCGUUCUUAUUCCUCAGGAAAUAAUUGCGAUCUCAACUCAAGAUAUGUUACAUUUUAUUGUACUGUUGUGUACCCUAUUAAUGUACAAUCUAAUAAAUAAGGAGAAACUAGUAGAUCAAUAAUAAAUAUAAAAUUUUCUCAAUUGGUUUUGAACCUUUUUGUAAAGAUAUAAAGUGCAAAAUUCAUUGAGGAAAAUAAUAACAGUUCUGUUACUGUACAUUCUCAAUAAAAUGGUAAUAGGUACACCUACCGUAGAAUUAUGUAUAUUGCAAGACUAUAAAUAAAAUUAAUAGAAAAAUAUUAGUUAAUACUCAAAUUGUUAUGUCAUUAUGGUGAAAUAAAUUAUGAAAUUGUUGGGAUUUA